AUGAAUGAUGAGCAGUGGCUGGAGCGUAGUGAUGCGCCGAAGAGUAGUGAUUAUUGGCAGAACCUGAGGAUGCAGUCGUGGACUGGUGCUGAUCAGAAGAGUGAUGAUCCGUGGACGACGGAGAUGAGUGAUCAGCAGAGCCCGAAGAGUGAUAAUCCGUGGCGGACGAAGCCAGGUAAUACUAUCAAGCACAUAUCCAACCCAUCAACAUCAGGCAUGGCAAAGACUGGGAAGAAGCAGCUGGCUGGUAUGCGGCUUCAUCCUAACAUCAUUGUGGAACCACCUGCUGCAGGUGGCCGUAAAAGGAAGGGCACCGGGCUGGAGCGGAUUUGCAAGGGGAUGGGAGUCAAGCUUACCAUUGAGAUUCCUCCAGGGCUGAAACGUCCUGAGAAGCCUUUGCCUGCUGCCAAGUUUGCAUCGGAGGGUGGAAUGCUUGCAAGAGGCCAGAUGCCGCUCCUUCCGCAUUUCAAGUUGUACAAGAGGGAUGAGAAUUUGUUGGCCGACUUCGUUGGAAAGAUGGGGGCAAAUUUCAACAUGGACACAGAGUCGGAAGACAUCCAGAAGGCUUGCUAUGACGUACUGCGGAAAGUGUCGAAGAACAGGCGCUACAUCCUGAAAAGGGACUACUUCGACAAAGUACCAGCAAAUGAAGUCAGCAUCAAGUCCCCUGUUAAGGAUGUCUCAGAUGAAGAAUGGGAAGCUCUAACUGCUCUGUGGGUAACCCCAAGACACAGGAACACAUGUACCAAGAACAAGGACAGUCGUGCUGCGGUCAAAUUUGGCCAAAAGACUGGCUCUCGUAGCUAUGCUGCUCAUCUGUAUGCAACUAGGGAGGAGCGCAGAGGUGAAGAGCUAGAUGCAGUCGACAUCUUUAAGGCGACCCAUCACAGCAAGAAGGAUGGUUUCUCUGAGGAAGCUCUAGCUGCAAUAGCUGAUAUGGAAGCUGAGAUGGCUAUUCCUGUGCCAGAAGGUGCACCGCCAAGGUCUGCAGUCGCUGUUGUUGCAAAGGUUCUUAGCAAGGAAGCCAAGCACAGCACUUUCCUGAAGAAUGCUGGACUUCAGCCCAGUUCCACUGUCAAGCUCAACAAGCCCACCGCAGCUGCUGUAUCGGCGCAUGUUCAUGACCCGGAAGCACGGCUGAAGAGGUCCCGGGAGGAAGCUGAACGAGAUGAAGCAGCAGUUUGCUGCCAUCAUGGAAGAAGCUGCUGCCCAGAAGGAGAAGCAAGCGGCAAAUGA